CGCUGGCCAGCCGGGAGGGGGCCUUUGGCUUCCCCACCCGCCAUGGAGCGGCUGACGUUGCCUCCCGGCGGCGCGGCGGCGGUGGACGAGUACCUGGAGUACCGGAGAAUCCACUUGGACAAUAUUUAAAGGGGCUAAGGUCAUAUAAGGCUCAUCUGGUGACUGAAAAGUCUUCAAAGAGGUUGACGCGUCCGAGGUGAGUCCGAAGUUUGGAGGACAGCACGGGACCGCGAUUCCAAGGCGCCCAGGCUGAGAGCGCAGGCUACCCGCCAACCUCCACCGUCGCGCCAGGCCCAGCAGACACAAAGCCUCGCGGGAGGUGGAGCCUCGUGACGUCACAGAGACGCCCGCCCCCUUUACGUCGUGCUCUGAGGAGGCCAGGAGAUUUCUGGCGGCGCCGGCGCCAUUUUCUUGGAGCCUGCGACCGAGUGGGAGUGGAGUGGAGCGGCUGUGGUUGCCGACCCUUUCCUCUUCCCCACGGUCCAGUCAGCGGGUUAAUUAGGCCAUCGGCCCUCGAGCCGAGACUUGUCUCUUAUUUAGUUCUGGGGAGCGCCUCGUCGACAUGAGUGAUGUAGAGGAGAACAACUUCGAGGGCAGAGAGUCUCGCUCUCAGUCAAAAUCUCCAACGGGAACUCCUGCUCGUGUAAAAUCGGAGAGCAGGUCAGGAUCUCGUAGUCCGUCAAGGGUUUCCAAACACUCUGAAUCCCAUUCUCGAUCAAGAUCAAAAUCCAGGUCGAGGUCAAGGAGACAUUCUCAUAGACGUUACACUCGAUCCAGAUCCCACUCUCACUCUCAUAGGAGACGAUCUCGAAGUAGAUCAUAUACACCAGAAUACCGGCGGCGAAGGAGCCGAAGCCAUUCUCCAAUGUCUAACCGGAGAAGACAUACUGGCAGCAGGGCAAAUCCAGAUCCCAACACUUGCCUUGGAGUGUUUGGCCUCAGUUUGUACACAACAGAGAGAGAUCUUCGUGAAGUAUUUUCUCGAUAUGGACCAUUGAGUGGUGUCAAUGUGGUUUAUGAUCAGCGAACUGGGCGAUCUCGAGGAUUUGCUUUUGUGUAUUUUGAGAGAAUAGAUGACUCAAAGGAGGCUAUGGAAAGGGCAAAUGGAAUGGAGCUGGAUGGUAGAAGAAUUCGGGUGGAUUAUUCUAUCACCAAGAGAGCGCACACACCAACACCAGGCAUCUACAUGGGCAGACCAACUCAUAGUGGUGGUGGUGGUGGAGGCGGCGGCGGCGGUGGAGGUGGAGGUGGUGGCAGACGUCGAGAUUCUUACUAUGAUAGAGGAUAUGAUCGUGGGUAUGACAGAUAUGAAGACUAUGAUUACCGGUACAGAAGACGAUCACCUUCUCCUUAUUAUAGUCGAUAUAGAUCACGAUCAAGAUCUCGUUCCUACAGCCCAAGACGCUAUUGAUAACGGAAUGGUUGCAAUUAAGGACUUUUUUUUCCUCUUUUUUUUUUUUUUUUUAAUUCUGAGAUUUCCCCAAGCUUUGGAUUGUUCCUACUCCUUAAGAAAAAAACUCGUUUAUUUAGCAUCUACACUUUUGUCAAUUGUGUUGCUGUUUUCCACCCCUUUUAUAUACUCUUGAAGAUGUAAUUGUUGUCAUUUUGAGCAGUUAAACAUCUUGAGUAUAAAAAGAACGCCAAUGUUAUGCUUUGUAAAUUUUUUUUUUUUUGCUUUUACCUAGAUAAACUUCUAGCUAAUCAAAUAAGGAAAGAAACUGUCUUUUUAAAGCUGCUUUUGUGUUAGAUACUAUAUUAGAGAUCUGCAUUUAUCAUGAGCUCCUUUUUUUUUUAACUUUAUUUUCGGGAAAGUAACACAUGAAGUAGUUCAGUCAUGUCAGGUUUGUCUGGGGUGGAAUGAAACAGUCAGGUAGUUGAAAGUUUUUUUUUAGAGAUGAAAAGCUUGUGAACUCCUGUAAAACAUGCUGUAUUUGAAAUACAUCUGUUAAAACUUAAAAACUAAAGUGUGAUUUUUUUGUUGUUGUUAAAUUUAUUGAAGUUUAUUCCCUUAAUCAGUGAAGGACAACCCUUAUUUAUUACCUAGAACAGUUGUAUAAUUUGCUGUUAGAAAUUUUGGUAUUGGGACAGUGGAUAAGCAGGUUAUCAUAUAGCAUAGAAUUCUUAGAUACAUGUGGGGAAAAGUAGUCUCAAAUAAAAGCUAAUUUCUUUGAA